AUGUCUCAUCUCGCAUUGACCGGAACAGACACUCCGCUGGUAUGGGUAAGCCGUGACGUGUCGCUUCCCAAGGUUAUUAUGUACUCCACCGGGGGCACGAUCCUCUUCACCUCGGCAUACUCGCGUCUCGACAAUUUGGCCUACGGAGGGGACAAGAGCAAGCCAGUGACCAUUCAAGACGUCAUUGACGCCGUCCCAGAGGUUCUCGACAUUGCACAAAUCGGCAUCGUCUCGCUGCCUCCCCGCAUCAGUAACAAUCUCACCUCGCAGGACUUCGUCAACAUCUCGAGGCACUUCGCUGAGCAUGUGGGCUCUGAAAACUCAGAUAUCGCUGGAGCUGUUAUCUCUCACGGGACGAACACCCUCACUGAGACGAUCUUUGGCUUAGACCUCACCCUCAACUCUUUCAAGCCCAUCGUUGCAGUCGGGUCCAUGCGGCCUGACGGAGCCCUUUCCUCUGAUGGCCACCUGAACUUCUAUCAGGCGAUAUCUACGGCCAUAUCCCCCUCGUCCCGGAGUCGAGGAGCUCUGGUCGUCGGGAACGAUCACAUCACGUCCGCGUACUUCGCCAAAAAGGCGCACGCGAACAACCCGGACACCUUCAUGGCUCUUGAGCAGGGGCAUCUGGGAUCUCUGUUCGCAGGGCAGCCUUACUACUUUUACGAGCCUGCGCGACCGACUGGUAAGGCAUACUUUGAUCUCAACAAGGUUGAAGGGGAGUUGCCGAAGGUCGACAUCCUAUAUUCACAUCUCGAAUUUGACGCGGACUUGAUGCACGCUGCUGUCAAGGGCGGCUCGCGAGGGCUCGUCAUCGUCGGUUUCGGGGCCGGAAAGCUCACUACCGCCGGGAGAACCGCGGUUGCUGAUCUCGCAUCGCAGGGCGUGUCCAUCGUUUCCGCUUCACGACCCUUCACUGGAUCAUCCUGCCCUCAGCCUCAUCCGGAUGCAGAGAUCAAGACGAAUUUCAUGUCUGCCGAGCACGCACGAAUCCAGCUACAGCUCUGCCUCGCCACAGGCCUCAAUACGGACGAGAUCCGGGAAGUCUUCGAGGGUCCAUUCCGCCGGGCCGUGUACACCGAGGCGACGAGUUUCUACCGUACAUCCUAG